AAUUGAUAGCGGAAUUGACAUUUAACACAUUCAUAAAAUACUGUUGAACCUUCAUCAGCUGAUCUUAAUUGAGCUGUGGAAAAGUAGGCUUCUUCAUGACUACAUUUUGGACAAACUUAUUCUAUAAUUGCUCUAUGUGAUUGAUCUUAGAGUUUAGACUCUUGAGGUUGAUUGGAUAACCAUGAUUUGGGUUCCAUUUUUAUAGUAGAAAUAAUGUAUUUAGGUUGAUAAUCACUUAUUGAACACUUAAUAUAUAUAGUAAAUUUCAUACUUUAUAUCCACAACGAUUGCAUUCAAUUACAUCAAGGACUUCUGGUAGUUCUAACAUAAAAUGACACUAAGGACAAAAGUCAGCUGCACUAUCGAGAUUCAUUAAUUAUAAUUUAUUUGUGCUUUUUAUUAAAUGAAAGGACCUGUAAAUAUGAUCAUUUUAAAUAUAGUUUCUUUGGGGAUUUGUUUAUAAAUCCCUUUUCAGAUUUAGAAGUAAUCAUAAUUUAUAAUAAUCAAGAACCUACAUUCAAGUUUCUGCAAAGUCCCUUUUAAUUGAACAAAGAUGAUCUUAUUAAGAAGUCUGCUAAUAUUCCAGAUCAUUAAUUUGAUUUCUCCCCAUUCAUCCAUCCUGACUCAACUUUCUUGGUUAAUCAAUAAAAUAUACAGACAUUACGUCUACUUUAAAAAGAUUUUUCAUCAGAUCCUCAAAAUUCUGACAAAGCAUUCAAAUAUGUGAGAUAAUUAAAUCGUAUGUAAAUGUAUGAGGACACUCUUUAAAUAUUCAAGCAAACAGGUAUCAAAUAUGAUAGAGAUUUAGAUGACUUUAGAGAAUUUGCUUCUCCAAAAUAACAUCAGCAAUUGUAAGAGCAAUAUGGUAUUGCAAUAACAAAUCUGAAAUCUAACAUGUAUUCUGAAUAACGUAAAUCGUUGAUUUUACCAGGGGUAAUCCAAUUACUUAUAACAGCUGCAAUAAUAUAUCAAAUAUAUUACUAUUUUCAGCCAAGUUAAACAAAACCUAAGAAUGAGAAUGCACAAAAGGAAACUCCUGAUUAAAGCGUAGGGAAAAUGGAUAAAUUUUAUAAUAUUUUGCGAAAUAAUCAGAAUGUUUAAGAAGAAAGAAACAUAGCAACUCGAUUUAAUGAUGUUUUGGGAAUAGAUGAAUUUAAAGAGGAAUUGGAAGAGAUAGUUGAAUUUUUGAAGAAUCCAAAAAAGUAUACAGAUUCAGGAGCAAAACUACCUAAAGGAAUUUUAUUGAUUGGACCUCCAGGAACAGGUAAAACUCUAUUAGCAAGGGCAUUAGCUGGAGAAGCAGGAUGUGCUUUUUAUUAUAAAUCAGGUUCUGAAUUUGAUGAAAUGUUUGUUGGUGUUGGAGCAUCAAGAGUAAGAGAAAUAUUUAAAGCAGCUAGAGCAAAAGCACCAGCAAUAAUAUUUAUAGAUGAAAUAGAUAGUAUAGGAGGAAGAAGAAGAGCAUAAGAUCCAGGAUUUUCUAGAGAUACAAUAAAUUAGAUUUUAACAGAGAUGGAUGGAUUUAAAUAAACAGAGAGUGUAAUAGUGAUAGGUGCAACAAAUUUUGAAUAGGUAAAUAAUAUUUACCAAUGUAAGGUUUUAGAUCCAGCUUUGAAAAGACCAGGAAGAUUUGAUAAAAUGGUUCAUGUUCCAUUACCUGAUGUAAAAGGAAGAGAAUAAAUAUUUUCAUAUUAUUUACAGAAGAUAAAAUUUGAUGAGAAGAAAGUAUUACCUUAAAACUUGGCUAGAUAAACAAGUGGAUUUAGUGGAGCUGAUAUUUAAAAUAUGGUAAAUGUAGCAAUUCUAAAUGCAAUUAAAAAUGAGAGAUAGAUAGCAUCAACAGAAGAUUUUGAAUUUGCAAUAGAUAGAAUAUCAAUGGGAAUAGGUAGAAAGAAUAUGCAUGUGAGUGAAAAAGAAAAAUUAAUGACAGCAUAUCAUGAAGGUGGACAUGCAUUAAUUAGUUUAUUAACAGAUGGAGCUAUGCCAUUACAUAAAGUAACAAUAUUACCUCGAGGGGGAGCUUUAGGAUUUGUAAUUAUAUAUAUAUAAUAUUAUUAAUAGACAGCUAUGUUACCUGAAAAGGAUUAAUUAAAUUAUACAAGAAAAGGAAUUAUAGCAUCAAUUGAUGUAGCUAUGGGUGGAAGAGCUGCUGAAGAUCUCUUUUUAGGAAAAGAUGAUAUUACUAGUGGAUGUAGUAAUGAUUUAGCUAAGGCAACUGAUUUAGCUUAUAUGUUUAUUAAAUAAUUAGGAAUGGAUGAUAAGGUUUCUUUAAUUUCUAUUUAAAGUGAUAGAGUAAAAACUAGCGAUUAAUUUGAUUAUAUGGUUGAUAUGGAAGUUAAAAAGAUUUUAGAAGUAUUUUAUAAUUAAUAAAAACAAGGAAUCAUAUAAUAGAGUUAAAUCCUUAUUGAAAUCUAAUGAAAAUAAACUUAAAGAGUUAGCAACUGAAUUAGUCAAAAAAGAAACAUUAUCUGCUGAAGAAAUUAGAAAACUCUUAAAAAUUAAAUGAUUUAUACAUUUAUUAAUUAAAG